AUGUCCUUCUCGAGUGAAACCUACAAGCCUACCGCCGACGAAGGCGAUGAUGACGAAGACAAAGAGCUGACACAGGCUAUCAUCAAGGAGCUCGAGCAAGCGAAGAGAUUGAGCAAGAAGCGAAAGCACGGCAGUGACGUAGACGGAACGUACCGCCCUAGCAAGACGGCAAGGGUCGACGGAGAGGACUCUGAGGAGUACGUCGAGCAGCCUAGGAAGAGGAAGAGCAGCGAGGAGAGUAGAAAGUCCAAGGAGCCGACUGGUAUCAAGAAGACGGUGACGAUCGAGGUUGCUUCCGAGCCCGCUACGAAAGCUGCUCCGUCGACAGAGACCUCGGCGUCACCUGCUGCGAAGAAGACGAAUAUCAAAAGCGCUGAUGAGAAGCUGGGUGUCAAAAAGGUUCAGCGCGUGACGGGGAAAGGAAGGGGUGCUAGGAGCGGGUCGCCAAGUCCGGAAUCAGGACCAACUCGGAGCACUACAGGGUACUCAUUGCGUAAUAGACAGGCCUAG